AUGAAGGACUUACAGAAGAUAAGUCACAUAAUCAAACUUGAUGCUAUAGAUCAGACAUCUAAAGCCAAAGAUGGAGAAUUCUAUGAAAGUUUGAUCAAUGAUGAAACAGUUAUGUCAUCAAGACCAUGGAAAACUGAUGUGAAAUAUUUCAGAAAAGUUGCGAUCUCAUCCAAAUCAGUAUUGAAGAUGUCCAAGCAUGCAGUUUCUGGAGGUAAUAUAGAGAUCAUGGGGAUGUUAGUAGGUAAGAUAUAUGAAAAUACAAUUGUGGUGAACGAUGUGUAUGGGCUUCCUGUAGAAGGUACAGAAACCAGAGUCAACGCUCAAGUUGAAGGAUAUGAAUAUAUGGUAUCUUACUUGACACAACACAAAAAGAUUAAACCAAAUGAAAACAUUGUCGGUUGGUAUCACUCACAUCCAGGAUAUGGAUGCUGGUUGAGUGGUAUUGAUGUUGCAACACAAGCAUUGAAUCAGAAUUUUCAAGAUCCUUAUUUAGCUAUAGUAGUUGACCCUAAAAAACUGUUAACUGGAUCCAUUGAAAUUGGAGCUUUCAGAACAUUCCCAGAUGAUUAUAAACACGAAGAAAAGAAGAUUCAACCAGAUGGUGUUGGUGAUAAAAUGGGAGAAUUCGGAAUGCAUGCAGAUAAAUAUUAUCCUUUAGAUAUAGAAUUUUUCAAAACAGCCAAUGAAGAAGAAUUGAUUAAAAUUAUUAACAAAGAAACUUGGAUCAAUGAAUUCAAAGAUAAAAAGGAAAUAAAUGACUCUUACGACAAAACCACUCAAAAUAAAAUAAAAGCCAUCAAUGAUAAUUUAAGUAAAUUGAUCAAGAACAACAAAAAUGGACAAAGUCAUGUAAAUAAACAAUUUUUCAAUAAUCAAUUGCAUAGUGUGUUCACCAACGGUAGAGAUAAGGAAGAUAACCUCAUGAGUGAGGAUAGUGAAGAAGAUACUUUUGAUUCAGAUAUGGAUCAAGAUGAUAAUGAUCCAGAUACUGAAAGUGGGACAGCUAAUGAUUUUGAAAUGGAAGAUUUCGAUAAGGAUAACUUAAGACCUGAAAGAUCUGGUGUCAAUAGGAAUUCACCUCGACCUGAUUUCUUGAAGAAAUUAGCAGUGAAACGAAUCAAUUCUCUCAAACUAAAUCAAGCUUCAGAAGUUGAUGAUAUAACCAAAGAGAUAAUAUCUGAUGAAUUGAAACGAAUGGUUAAAGUUGAUAUCCAAAAAAAGAUUUUCUCGUAA